CCUCGCCGCCGUGCAAAGCGGGCGAAGCCAUAUUGAUGUUUGCGUGCGUUGUGUAGUGCCGCCAGAAUGGCUGACAACGACAUAGAUUUAUACGCCGACGAUAUAGAUCAAGAUUUCGUGCAGGAUGAAUUCGCUGGCGACAAUGUAGAUUUGUACGACGAUGUGAUAUCCACGCCGGCCGCGGGCGGCAACAACUCGGAUGGGUUAGAUUCACAACAGCCAACAUCAAAUACAAACCCUGAGGACACCAAUGGCUCUGUGUAUCCAUCACAAGGUAACAAUAUUACGCCAAAUACACUGGGAAGAAGGCAUCAGCUUUAUGUUGGAAAUCUGUCAUGGUGGACUACUGAUCAAGAUAUUAUAAAUGCAGUCCGCGAGAUUGGAGUGUCGGAUUUCAAUGAAGUAAAGUUCUUUGAGCAUCGGCCGAAUGGGCAAUCCAAAGGCUUUUGUGUUAUUUCGAUGGGGUCGGAAAAUAGCAUGCGAAUGUGCAUGGACAACCUUCCUAAACUUCAAAUACAUAACCAGAAUCCCGUUGUAACUUUGCCAACAAAACAGGCAUUAAGUACAUUUGAAAGUCAGUCAAAAACUCGUCCCACUCCACCUAAUAACAACGGCCCUCGAGGCUCCCAUCCCGGCCAAGCUAACCAUCCUAUUUCCUCAGGUCCCCAUCAAAGCUACCAGCCCCGAAUGCAAAUGAACUCCCCGGCACGCGGUGGUCCUAUGAACCACGGCAUGCAAGGGCCUGGUCCGAACGGCCCACGCAUGCAAGGCCCUCCUCCAGGGUUUAAUGGACCUCCACAGAUGAAUCAGAACAACAUGCGCUUCCAACAGCCUCAAUGGAAUGGUCCUAGGCCGAAUGGACCCGGACCAAACAUGGGCCCAAUGCGACCGCCAGGUCCAGGUGGCCCACAAGGACCGCCCGGGAGACCUAUGUUCCAGGGACCACCUCAAGGAAUGCAGGGUCCUCCACGAGGCAUGUCUAACCAAGGCCCACCGCAAGGACCACCAAGACCCGACUGGAAUAGACCACCAAUGAACCAAGGUUUCCCACAGCAAGGUCCACCAAACAUGCAAGGACCUGGCCCAAAUAUGGGACCACGUGGUCCACCAAUGGGCGGUCCGCCGAACGGGCCCCCUCAAGGUCCGAAUCAAGGCCCAGCACCUCAUGUAAAUCCAGCAUUCUUCAACCAAGGUGGACCACCACCAAACAUGGGUCAUCCUAUGCAAGGAGGUCCUCCAGGAAUGCCUCCACAUCAUGGCAUGCAACAGGGACCGCAUGGACCUCAUGGUGGCCCAAUGGGCCCGAAUAAUGGUCCUCCUCCAGGCGGGCAUUACGGUCCACCUUCGAAUAUGGCGCCUCCGUAUGGAAGUGGUCCCCAGCAAAGCGACCAUCGUAAUGAUAUGCCACCAAUUAGCGAUCAAGAAUUUGAGGAUAUAAUGGCACGCAACCGCACGGUUUCUAGUUCGGCAAUUGCGAGGGCAGUUUCAGACGCUGCCGCAGGCGAGUACGCCAGUGCGAUUGAAACAUUAGUUACGGCUAUUUCUCUCAUCAAACAGUCGAAGGUGGCCAACGACGACAGAUGUAAAAUUUUAAUUACAUCCUUACAGGACACGCUACGCGGCGUCGAGGAUAAGAGUUAUAGCUCUGGUCGCAGGGAUAGAUCACGCUCGCGAGAGAGGUCACAUCGUCGUGGCAGACGCGAGCGAUCGUCUUCGAGAUAUCGCGAGCGGAGUCGGGAACGGGAACGCGAUCGGGAUAGGGAUCGCGACCGAGAUCGUUAUUAUGCCGACAAUUACAGAGAACGUGACAGGGAGAGGGAUAGAUCUCGAAGCCGAGGUGGCGAACGUGAAAGAGAGCGUGAGCGCGACUAUCGUGACCGGGAAACUGACGACAGGGUGUCUCGACCAAGAAAUAAGUCACCACCCGAUGGUGCUGAAGCAGCGGGCGAUUCGUCAAAGUCGCGGUAUUAUGAAGAACGAUACCGUGAUCGCACCGAAUCCGGACGUGCACGCGAAAGCGAUCGCGACAGAGAUCGUGAACGUGAUCGUCGUGACGAAACUCAUAGAUCUAGACAUUAAAAACCUAUCAUUUUAAAACAUUCGAGUAUCUACAAUUAUUUUUAUGUAUUGUAGUUAAUUUGCGUUUCAACUAUACGACUAGGUGUUAACUUUGCACGUCGAUUAUGGACUUCAAUCAUUACGUUGACAAACGAGAAGCGAUCGGAGCAGACCGACGACAAUGAAGUGGAGCAAAGAAGAUUGUAUGUUAUAUGAUAAAAAUUGCGUGCAAAAAAAUAAUAAUUUGAUGAUUUUUAUUUGUCUGAUGCGAACAAUCAACCCAAACACCUUGUUAAUUUUAUUUAUAUUUAUUUCUUUUUUGUUUUUGUACGAAUUUGUUUGCAUUUGUCUGGCUAACUUAUUAGUUGCCCCGAAGUAGUCACGAUGUCUAUGUAUUUUAAGCAACGAAUUUUAUUUUAUUAUUUUUAUUGAAUGCGACUUAUAACUGAUGAUGAACGAUGUCGUAAAUUGUACGGAGCAAAGACUGAAACUGUAAAGACAUUGUAUUUCUCUACGGACUCAUUAUAAAUGUAUCUGGCACUCGUCAUCAUACAAAUCUGAUUGAUUUUAUAUUCGAAUUGUGGCUGCGCAAAAUUCGUAUUUAACUGCCACUUACUUUUUGUGAUAUUAGUUCUUAAGGGAAUGAGAAAUGAGUAGACUGAGAAUUUACAUCUUGUUUAAUCAAGAUGAUGAGCGAAACUACUAAUUUUUAAUAGGAAUUGUUUAUAUUUAGCAGAACUAUUUCAUUCAAUAUUGACAAAGGAACCAAAAUUUAAUUGUUUUGACUGCAAAAGUAAAACUGUUUACUUUUAACCAUUGCUUUGAGCAAGCACUUCAGUCAAUUGAAAUUAGUGGACCAAAUACGUACACAUUAUAAUAGUGAGCGAAUAAUUUGAUAGAUAUACAACUAUUUGAAGUUAAA